ACAUUCCUAUAUUAGAGUUUCUUUGUUGUUGUAUAUAUCUUUGUUCAGAGUACAAAAACGCUGACUGUUAUGAUUGGCUGGGUGGUACAUGAACGCCCAAUUUUUUUCUUCUUCUCUGCUUUGAAUUCCUUCUGGCCAGUUAUUGCCAUCUUGUGUUCAGUCUCUGAAAAUCUGCCAUUUCUGGAAAGCAAAAUAUCUUGAGACUCAAGAACAGAGUGGAUAAGUCUAAGCGGAUCUAUUAUAGUGUUGUAGGAUAUGAUUGUGGGUGAUGGAGGACAGUCAAUGUGGGGACUUGGACUACCUGAUCCAAGAUGAGGACACCCUCAUUGAGGGUGUCAGCAACCAGGUCUUGUUUGUUGUGGUCCUCAGUAUCACCUUCCUUGCAGGCCUCCUCACUCUGCUCUGCAGACAAGAGGAGCAGAAUAUUCACCCUGAGAAUCAGGAGCACGUUCGAGCUGUCCGACAACAGCUCCAAACAGAACAGGAUGAAAAUUCUCAGGCGGAGACCAGACAGCAGUAUUAUACCGACAUGUCUUGUCCUGUGUGUUUACAGCAGGCUGUCCUGCCUGUGGAAACCAAUUGUGGACACCUUUUCUGUGGCUCCUGCAUUAUAGCUUACUGGAGAUAUGGCACCUGGUUGGGUGCUAUUAAGUGCCCCAUCUGCAGACAAACGGUAACAUUGCUCUUCCCGCUAUUUCAUGAGCAUGCCAGUCCCCAGAGGGUCCAGGAUGGCGAAGCAGAACCUCUGCUGAUAUUAAGAGACAUUAAUGAUUACAACCGCAGGUUCUCAGGCCAGCCAAGAUCUUUUAUGGACAGGCUGCGCGAUGUGCCUACCCUGCUUCGUCACGCCUUUAGGGAGAUGUUUUCUGUGGGUGGCCUCUUCUGGAUGUUCAGGAUUCGUAUUCUUCUCUGUUUAGUUGGUGCACUCACCUACCUGGCCUCGCCGCUCGACAUCCUCCCCGAGGCACUUUUCGGUCUCCUGGGAUUCAUGGACGAUUUCUUUGUAAUCCUACUUCUCUUUGUGUACAUCUCUAUCAUGUACAGAGAGGUGGUUACACAGAGACUGAACGGCUAGGUGCUCACUCACGAAAAGAGACCUCAGCUUGCUCAUAUCGGGCUCGGGAACAAGUGCAGCUUCUGAGGUGGACCUGCAAAGGCUGAGUAGACGCUCAAAGGACAGUCGAUCAAUAGUGCUGGUUCCCUCAGAGAGGUUUACUUUGAAGCCUGGGAUGUUACUUCAUCUCUGGAGAAAGGUUAACAAAAGAUUAAGCUCAGAAUGUUGACUCUACAAAGUGAAUUCACCAGUAAUGGCUCAGAGGUUGAAUGAGGUCAAGGCGAACAACAGGGCAGCAGAAGGAUGGCUGUGAAGGGAUGUGAUGUUGUUGAAUAUUUCCUCUGAACCAGACAGGGCGAUCUUUUCCAUUCUUUCAGGCACUUGAGAGAUCCUCCCUAACUGGAUGGUUAACAUUUACUCCAAUCUAUGUCAGUAUUGCCAAAACAGUCAUUUUGGUUAAUGUACAUAUCAUCAUAAUGGGGCAACAUGUGAUAUAAUGUGAUCUUGAUUGUACCGUACUGAUGGCAGUGUCUUGAGUUAUAUGCAUUUAAAGUUGCCUGUUUGAAUCUGAAUUGUUUACUGUCAGACAACUGUGUCUUACCAUCUGACUGUGUGCUAUCACAGUCUGCUUAUAAGUAACCUGUGACUAUGCAUAUUCAUAAUGACUUGAAAAACACAACUUUUCAUGCUUAUGAGAAAAUCACUGAAUCAUUGUGCCUCCAAAAGGCUACAUUUAUUGAUCACAUCUAAGGAAGUCUUGCUGCAUGCGUUCACCUGAGCUGAUGACACGCAGGACAAUCCACCCCUUGCAAUAACUUCUCAGCUGGCAGAUUUCAUAAAAUAAAAUGAGUAAUCUCCUGAUCAUAAAAGAAAGCCAAACCAAAGGCAUCAAAGACUUGCUUAAGUUAUGAAUGUUAACCUAUUAUCUCAAAGUUUACCUUGUCACUAUAAAGGUAGGUGUGAGUUUUGGGUGUUACCUUGUCUCCUGUUUAGAUCCUACAGUCCCGAUCAGGCACAAAGUCAGUGGAUGAUCAUCUUCUUGCACACUAGCUUUUGGAAAUCUUCAGUUAAUUUUUGGAACAUGAGUGUCCUACUUUUUAAAUAUGUACGUAAAUUAUUUUAAAAAAUAAAUAUUCAAAAUUAGCUUGUACAGUAUGUGAUUCAGCUAACUUUUUGUGAAUAUUCGUAAAAAGAAUUGAGUAAAAUUUUCUUGGAGGCUAAAUGGAUGUAAAAUGAAUAAAUGGGAUCUCAGAUUGCUGAAGUGAUCAACUGAAGAGUUCUGUUAAUAGCAGAUGCACAGUAAAGAUGCAGAUUUGAUUCUAAACCUUUUUGACUUGUGGCUUUUUAAUUGAACCAACCGUUGUUGGACGUUCCAGCCAAAGAGACAUACUCCAUUUGUUUCUUAAAUCUGUCUGUCAAACAAGACACCAAUAAAACUGAGCGUUUAAUAGAGACCAUCA